AUGUCUUCGCCAACGAAACCACUUCUUCUUUUCUGCUCGACGCCAGGACAUGGACAUGUUAUGCCCGUCCGGGCCGUUGCUAAGACACUCGUCGCCCGUGGCUACGAAGCAAUCUUCACUACGAACGAUGAGUUCAAGUCCAUGAUCGAGGAACUUGGCGCCAAAUUUGUCCCUCUCCUCGGACGAGCAAACUUUUCCAUGUCAACAAUCAACACUCUUUUCCCCGAUGACGAUAGACACGGUCCGCCAGCAGGACCAUAUCGCCUCGCUCGUGCUUUGAAAUAUAUUUUCGGAAGCACGAUACCCGCUCAGCAUGAGAGUGUACAGGUGAUUUUGAGAGGUAUCGAGGAGCGAGAACCGGGGAGACAGGUGAUUGUUAUUCACGAAAGUAUGUUUUGGGGUACAUUACCUAUCUUGCUCGGAGCGGAGGGUUUGAAGCCAGCAGGCGUGAUAAGUCUCGGCAUAUCACCGCUACCCCUGGCAGGACCCGGAAUUCCACCAUUCGGUCUCGGCCUGCCCUUUGACUCAUCUCCCGCUGGAAUAGAGAAGUAUGAAGGGAUGUCCAAGGUUCGGGAGGAGAUGUACGAAGAGCUCACUGAGUCCUUGAAUGAGAUCUUUGCGGGGUUUGGACUCGACAAAAUGAAGCAGCAUAUCAUGGAUUUGCAUGUCACGGCUCCACACCGUUGGAUACAGAUGUGUAUCCCAAGCCUGGAAUAUCCGCGAGCGAACCCUCCUCCAGGUCUCCGCUUUGCAGGAGGAUUACCUGGCGGCCAUAGGGGCGUGACGAGGGCGAAGCCAGACUGGUGGGAGGACGUCACUGUCAACGCAGCAAAGAAGCGGAUUGUCUUCGUCUCUCAAGGUACAGCUACAGAUCUGUACGAGAAGCUCAUUAUUCCAACGCUGCAAGGCUUAGCCGAGUGCGAAGACAUCCUAGUCGUUGCAGCUCUUGGAAGAGAAGGAGCCGUGCUACCCGAUGACUUCCAGAUCCCCAAGAAUGCUCGGGUGGGAGAUUUCAUACCCUUCGACGAACUUCUUCCUUAUGCAGAUGCGUUCGUCACUAAUGGCGGGUAUGGUGGUUUCCAACAUGCAGUCAGCCAUGGCACACCAUUAAUUGUCGCUGGUUUGGCAGCUGACAAGCCUGAAGUGGCCGCGAGAGUGGAAUGGGCUGGACUGGGUGUCAACAUGAGAACCGAAGUCCCCACUCCCGAGGCUGUCAAGGAGGCUGUGGAGAAGGUGCUGAGUGAUGGGAAGUACAAGGAAAGGGCAAAGGCUCUGGAGGGCGAGGUGGGGAAGUACGAUGUCUUUGAAGCAGUCAUUAAGAGUAUCGAGGAGUUAUGUGCUGGGGAUGUUUGA